ACAAUAAAAACUAUUUUGGCCUCGUACCUUUUGAUAAAAGCAUACAACGACACUCGUCGAGAAAAUUGGAAUUUUAAAGCUCCUCAAUUCUGAUACUUUAAUCGACGUGUGCUGGAAUAUUUGUGAUAAAACACAUUCUGGUAAGAUUCGCUAUUUAUGUGAUCAGUAUUAAGCAAGUUUUGUUGUUGUCUUUUCAGUUAGGUAUCCGACAUGGGUUUGGUCUGGAUAGGACUGCUUAUGGCCUGUGUCACUGUUACACUCACUGAUGCUGAAUGUCACUGUAACACUACAAGCGCCUGUGCCGUGUUCCCAUCUACUCCCUGUAGCCAGGUCGGCAGUCCAGACGAAUGCCAGGAAGGAUGGUAUGGUUCGUACUGUCAGAAACAAAAUAUUGCGUUGGGAAGAACAUGCAAUCAGAGCAGUUCAUUGAACUAUAACGCAACUAACUACGGAGCGGGACUUGCUGUAGACGGCAGAGCCACCACAGAUGCCAGGAGCACGCCACUGACAUGUGCCCAUACACAGGAAGAGACAGAUCCCACCUGGACUGUGAACCUGAACACAUCACGUCCAGAAAAGAUACAACACAUAAGACUCUAUCUACGUGACGACUGUGAGUACAUCCACAUAUGA